UAAGCCCCGCCCAUCCGCCGUUCUGUCCGCAGCUGGUGGUGCACGUGGGGGUGUCAGGCAUGGCGACCACGGUCACCCUGGAGAAAUGUGGACACAACAAAGGCUACAAGGGACUGGACAACUGCCGCUUCUGCCCCGGCUCGCAGUGCUGUGUGGAGGACGGGCCUGAAAGCAUCGAUUCCAUCAUCGAUAUGGACGCCGUGUGCAAGAGAGUCACCACGCUGGGCCUGGACGUGACCGUGACCAUCUCGCAGGACGCCGGCAG